UGUUGUUUUUUUGUGGCUUUUGGGGAGAAGCACCUGUUAGUGUGACUGCUGCAUUAACAUAGUUUUUAUUUUUUGUGUGAUUUUUAGUUUUGUUGUCUUGACUGCCAAAUCAGUCAAGUAUCACUGCCUUUGCCAACAUGUUUGAGAACAGCACCAAUGACUUUUACCUGCCUUCAUCUCACGACGAGGAGCUGGUUGACAACCUGUGCAGUGAGGAAUCAGAGGAUGGAGGCAGUCUGUCCCUGGAAAAGGCCUUGCUCCCCCUAGUGGAAGGUUCUCUCCCCGGCGUCUCCAGCUGGGUCUGCUCCACGCGCUACAAGACGGAGCUCUGCACCGGCUACUCCACCGCCGGCUUCUGCAAGUACGCCGAACGUUGCCAGUUUGCCCACGGGCUCCACGAACUACACGUUCCCUUCCGCCAUCCCAAGUACAAGACGGAGUUCUGCCGCAGCUACCACGCCACCGGCUACUGCUACUACGGCAGCCGCUGUUUGUUCGUCCACAACCCGGCCGAGCAGCGCCGGGCCCUUCGUCGGAGGAACAUUCCCUGUCGCACCUUCGGCUCCUUUGGGAUUUGUCCUUUUGGCUCGCACUGCAACUUCCUGCACGACGAGCGCAAAGACGGGGGCAACGGCGGUGUUGAUCUGACGGACUGUGAACGGACUCCGUCCUGCUCCCAGAGUCAAAUGCAGUCCAAGAAGUGGAAGCCUCGCGGAAGUUUGUGCCACACUUUCAACUCCUUUGGUUUCUGCCUCUACGGCACACGCUGUCGCUUCCAGCACGGUCUCCCCAGCAAGAUCCAGAGCCCAGGAGGAUACGCGUCUCCCCAACUGUCUCCGUGCAGUUCAGGACUGGGUUCCACCUUUUCAAAUGUCUCAACCUCAUCUCCGACUUCUCCUCUUGAACCUUCGUCUACAGUCUCCAAUGCAUUUCCUUCUUCCAGCCAGGAUCUGAGCAACCUAUUGCCCCUGGCCUUCCACCUGCAGCAGCUGGAGCGGCAGCUGGAACGCACCAACUCUCUGGGACUCUGGGAGAACCUGCUCUGAGUUGCUGUGGGCCACAAUUUUAAUUGCACUUGGUGGCAGAAUUGUUGGGUGGGUGGUUUUUAACUCUAGCUCAGACUUUUAAUUGUUUUUUUUUUUUUGUUUUUUAAUAACCGCCAGCUGGCUUGUAUUGGUUUGGACAUGCUCUGAACAAAUGUUAACGUACAUGUGUGUGGUAUUUUUAUUAAAUAUAUAAACUUGGAUGAGUUACUUAUGUCAGCUUGGGUUCUCAGGUCUUG